AUGUUAAGAGCAGGUAAAAAAACAAAUAGCCAAACAUCUACAUCAAAUGAUGCUUGUAGUUUAUUAUAUAUAAAUGUUCCAGAUUUCAAUUGCAAUAUGUCGCAAAUUGAAAACUAUUGUAUAGAUAGAUUUAAUUUAUUAAAUGAGGUAUCAAAAUUAAAAGAUACACUUUCAGCACAAAAAUCCAAUACAAGUAAGGAUAAUGAAGAUUUUCGUAAUUUAUCAAGCAGAUUUUUAGGCUCAACUAAAGAUGAACAAUUUAAGAUUAAAGAUGAAUUAUCACAUUAUUGUCUUAGAUUGGCAAUGUGUGACUCGACUGAUAGGAAUUGGUUUAUCACAACAGAGUCAAUAUUAUUAGCAAAUAGAUUAAAUCAAUCAGAUUUAACAACAAUAAUAUCAUCAUUCAAAGGAUUUGGUUGGUCACCAGUUUCACAAGAAGAAUAUGAACAAUAUCAAGAUGAUUUAGGUUAUUUAGUAAAGAAGGCAAAUUUAAAUUUAAAUGAAGUAAAUAAUACUCAUUUCUAUAAAUUACCAUUUCAAGAUAUACCAAAAUUAAUUGAUACAAAGAAAGCAAUUAUUAUUAAAGGUGAAGCAUAUAUAUAUAUUUCAAAUUUUAAAGAUAUGGUUAUACAUACAUUUAAAAACUAUAUGAACUUUGCAUUGGAUCGUAUUAAAGCCGAUAAAACUCGUAUAAAAGAAGAGUUUCCAGAGUUAAUUCAAUUCUUUACAACCUUACCAAAAGCAGGUGAUGGUACAAAUAAACCACAACUUGGAAAUACCAAACAUAUUAGAAAGGAAGAUGUAUCACCAUUAUCAAAGACAUCUUUCCCAAUGUGUAUGAGGGUAAUGUAUGAUUCAUUGGUUGAGACUAGUUCACUUAAAUAUGAAGGUCGUUUACAAUUUGGAACUUUUUUAAAGGGUAUUGGUUUACCCUAUGAUGAAGCUAUCAACUUUUGGAGAAUUGCCUUCUCAAAGAGAGUUUCAAACACUGAUUUCGAUAAGGAAUAUCUUUAUAACAUUCGUCAUAACUAUGGGUUAGAAGGUAAAUCCACAAAUUAUUCACCAUACUCUUGUCCUAGAAUCAUCUCAAAAUCACCUCACAAUGGUGAUAAACUAGUUCAUGGUUGUCCUUAUAUACAAAGUUUAGAGAGAUUGGAACAAAAACUCUUGGAUUUAGGUAUUGAUGAUUUCCAAAGAAUUCAAAUCCUUGAAGCAACCAAAACUUCUCCAAAUGUAGCUUGUACAAAACAUUUCAAUUUUCUUCAUCCAAAUAAUACUUUAACAAAAUUAAUUAAUCAUCCAAAUCAAUUCUAUGAUCAAAGUAUGGAAUAUUAUAAAACUUUAGAAGAAAAGAAAUCUGCAAAACAAUCAAACAAUAAAGAAAAUGAAAAUCAAUCAAUUGAUGAAAAAUAA